CCCGCCAAGCUGGCGUCCUCCGUCGCGGAUCUGCUGCGGGCGCUGCAGCCCAACAUGGCGCUCAUGAGUGGACUCGGUGGCCUUGGUUCCUUUGGCUCCUUCGGGGCGUUCUCAGCGCUAAACGCCUUGAGUGCCAAUGCGACGGGCACUGGUAGUUUUGGGGGAUCAAGCAGCCCUGUAGUGCCCACACCCAUGGUGGCGCUACCCUCACUCUCCUUCACCGCCGCCCAGGUGGCCGCCGUCUGCGAAACUUUGGAAGAGAGUGGCGACAUGGAGCGCCUUGGACGCUUCUUGUGGUCACUGCCGGUGGCUCACCCUCACCUUCACGACCUCAACAAGCACGAGGCGGUGCUACGAGCGCGGGCUCUUGUCUCCUUCCACGUGGGAAACUUCCGCGAGCUCUACGCUAUUUUGGAGUCACAACGAUAUUCCAAACCUUCUCACGCGCGGCUGCAGGCGCUGUGGCUGGAGGCGCACUACCAAGAGGCAGAGCGUCUCCGCGGCCGCCCGCUUGGGCCCGUCGACAAGUACCGCGUCCGUAAGAAGUUCCCCUUCCCGAGGACCAUCUGGGAUGGCGAACAGAAGACCCACUGCUUCAAGGAACGCACAAGAUCUCUACUGAGGGAGUCAUACCUGCAGGACCCUUACCCUAACCCCAGCAAGAAGAGGGAGUUGGCCUCGGCCACGGGUCUCACCCCCACACAGGUCGGCAACUGGUUCAAGAACCGUCGGCAGCGUGACAGAGCAGCAGCCGCUAAGAACAGGAUGCAUCAGUUCGGGGCUACAGGCAUACCUCCCUCUCGACGGGACACCGACACUCGCUCUCCACUCGAGGACGAUGACGAGGAGGAUCUCAUCAAUCCUGGCUCUCCUAACACCUUCGAGGAUGACAUCUCCGAGGACGACGUGUCGCUGGACGCCCGGUCUCCACCUCCACUCCCAACCUCUGGCUCUCACACGGUGACCUCGCCCUCAGGCGUCCACGCCACCUCCAGUAGUCUUCCUCUAGCCCUCGACUCCAAGUCUCCUGGGUCUCCUCGACCUCCUAUCCUAUCCUCCCCCAUGAAGGAUCAGAUAAAGAACCACGAGCGAGAAUCUCCAGACCUCAAGGACGACCUCAAGGAUGACCAUGAGACCUCCAAGUCGCUGCUGUCCGAGACGCCCAGCAUCCCGACAUCUCUUCAGGCCUUGGCUCCGGCGCUCACCAUCGCCUCCCUCGUGUCCUCUCACAAGAGACCAGCGUCACCUUCCGACCACUACGUCACACCCAUCCGACCAAUCCCCGAGCGACACGUCUUUGGUUACUCAUCCAUGCAGCCAAUGACAAAGCGGCCUUUCACACUGUCUCCAAUGGGACCAAUCACAGAUCGCCAUUUUCUCUCCGCGGCAGGCGCCUUUCAGCCAAUCAGGUUGCAGCCAAAACAGAAAGAAGAGACGUAGAGGGAGUCUCCUGUAUACGACUGGACUUGAAUCUAUGUGAUAAAGUGUGAUGGCCAAGAGGUUGUAAAGGCAUGAGGCACUCUGUUGUAUACUCAAGUGAGAGAGUUUUUAUCCCAAAGUGAGAACUGCUCACCUCAAGUCACUCAAUAACCCAUGGUAAGAGGACCAGAGAUACGACACUCGUAAAUAGUUAAGAUUUUUAUUCAAGAAUCAUAUCAUCAUUAUAUAAUGUAAUAUAGUAAUCUAUCCUGUACAUAAAUGUAUUUCUGUACAAAGAACAAUUCCUUUACGUGUAUGUUGUCUGGGUUAGUCUUGAGAGAGAGAGUUAGACUGCACAUGCACAAUUUACAUACUAAUGGCAAACUAGUGGAAUUAAUUACUGUACAUAAGACAAUAAACACGGCCUUGAGACACCACUUUGGUUCACGAGGUCUGUUAUUAUUGAUUAAUUUCGUGAGUGUGAAACUUUUAAUCUAUGUUGCCUAACUUUUAAUUACCAAUAAAAUACUGUACAUAA